UUGUUGGAUAGGAGCCAUUACCGGGUCGAAUGUCCACGGGGGUUUAUAAGUAUACCCUCCCGUACGUGUGAGUUCUGUCCAGUUGAUCAUCUGUUUGACACCUUUUUUUGGGCACAUAUCAUCAUCAGAAUGUCUGGCUCAGGAGGGUAUUACAAGUACCGCUACAAGUUCUGGCUAACUUACAACUGCCCAAAGUGGGUAUGGGUGAAUAAUGCACCAUGUGCUCAUUGUCUGGCGGACGGUCGAGAUGACGAGCUCCCGCCGAAAGAGGACGUUCGAAGUAUAGAAUCGUCCGUGCGAGUUUCCGGACGAGCCUCGAGGCUAAUCGAAGGCGCAUCCAGCCAGGCAGGGUUUCUGGAAGAGGAUCUUGCUCGAUAUUGUAUUGAGAAAGUCAGCUUGCAGAAUCCCAAUGACAAUAGCUCCGUCGCUUUGAUGUAACUCAAUAAGGCAAACUCAACAAGGCAACGUCAACUGCCAACUAUUAUAGUGAUUGUGACUAUCGUCAGCGAGGUAAAUAUGAUUUGUUCGUUGGAGGGUUCCACAUAUAUGUGCCCUCUCUGAGGCAUGUAGCUUGCUCGCGGGCAGUCGUUGGGCC